AUGGUGGCACUUAAUGUAUUCAUUUAUUGUGUGAUAUUAGCUACUCAGAAGCUGCCGCACUCUGCCAGCCCACAUAAAACUCAAGUCACUCCUUCACCGCACGCUGGUUCUACUGAAGGACUAUCUAUCGUCACUCUUAGUAAAUUCAACGUAUUGGAAAACAUCGUCGAUGAUCUCAGGGAGCGUGUCUAUGGCAGCCUUCCGAAGAACGAAGACAUUUUGGAAGAAGUCAGAUCGCAGACUAACCUAAAAGCAAUUACUGAUAUGUGGACUUCACUCAACGUGUCGUCGCGACUGGAAGCGGCAGAGACCGGCAUCGCCAAACUCAGCUCGCUCAUACAAGACCUAAUUUCUGGCACGGAUGGCCUGCAAGACGCAUUCAAAGAACAUGCCUCCAACUUGAUUAUUAAAUAUUAUCAAAAUAGAUUGCCACCAUCGACCAUAGCUCCACCAGGAACAGAACAAAGGAUGAUAAUGCAACCGGGAGUUCCACAAAUUGCUGGAUCUGAACAACCUUCAGGAGCUUUACCACAACCAGGUUCUGGGCCAUACGUCGAACAACAACCGGGUGCACCUGCGUAUACAGGAACGGAGCAUUAUCCGCAACAUCCUGGAACAGUACCACUGUAUCCAGGAGCAAUACCGCAACAAUCUGGAGCUGUGCCGCAACAACCUGGAGGUUUAACAUACCAACUUGGAGCUGUACCACAACAACUUACACCACAAGGGACCGUUAUUACCGACCGACCGGUGACUGAGGUGCCUCUAGGAUCAACUUUUGCCCCACCACUAUAUCCAUUGCAACCUGGACCUAAUCCGGCGACUAAAGAAGAGUUAUCUGCAUUACAAGCCUUUGUGCAGCGAUUACACUCUGAUGUUGAAUAUUUGACGAACGACUUUUAUGAAGCCAUGGCUGACUUGAAACCCGGAAUGGUACCCCCUGAACGUCCACCAAUGCCACCCUUGCCUCCAGUAGCACCUGAUACAAUGGCAGCGGGUACUCAAGGCUUACAAAGAAAUCCAGUACCCCCCGAUCGCUUCCCUAUGCCACCAUUGCCUCCAGUAGCACCGGAUACAAUGACGGCGGAUGCUCAAGGCUUACAAAGAAAUCCAGUACCCCCUGAACGUCCACCCAUGCCACCACUGCCUCCAGUAGCACCUGAAACAAUGAUGGCAGGUACUCAAGGCUUACAAAAAUAUCCCAUGCCACCAUUGCCUCCAGUGGCUCCUGGUAAUAUGACGGCGGGUACUCAAGGCUUACAAAGAAAUCCAGUACCCCCUGAACGCUUCCCUAUGCCACCAUUGCCUCCAGUAGCACCGAUUUCAAUGACGGUGGGUACUCAAGGCUUACAAAGAAAUCCAGUACCCCCUGAACGCUUCCCUAUGCCACCAUUGCCUCCAGUAGCACCGGAUACAAUGACGGCGGGUACUCAAGGCUUACAAAGAAAUCCAGCAAAGGCCCUCAAUACAACAACUCAUACAUUUUUCAAUUUUUACGUGGUGUUAGUACCCCCUGAACGUCCACCUAUGCCACCACUGCCCCCAGUAGCACCUGAAACAAUGAUGGCGGGUACUCAAGGCUUGCAAAAAUAUCCCAUGCCACCAUUGCCUCCAGUGGCACCUGGUACUGUGACGGCGGGUACUCAAGACUUACAAAGAAAUCCAGUACCCCCUGAACGCUUCCCUAUGCCACCAUUGCCUCCAGUAGCACCGAUUUCAAUGACGGUGGGUACUCAAGGCUUACAAAAAAAUCCAGUACCUCCUGAACGCUUCCCUAUGCCACCAUUGCCUCCAGUAGCACCGGAUACAAUGACGGCGGGUACUCAAGGCUUACAAAGAAAUCCAGUACCCCCUGAACGUCCACCCAUGCCACCACUGCCCCCAGUAGCACCUGAAACAAUGAUGGCAGGUACUCAAGGCUUGCAAAAAUAUCCCAUGCCACCAUUGCCUCCAGUGGCACCUGGUACUAUGACGGCGGGUACUCAAGACUUACAAAGAAAUCCAGUACCCCCUGAACGCUUCCCUAUGCCACCAUUGCCUCCAGUAGCACCGGAUACAAUGACGGCGGGUACUCAAGGCUUACAAAGAAAUCCAGUACCCCCUGAACGCUUCCCAAUGCCACCAUUGCCUCCAGUAGCACCGGAUACGAUGACGGCGGAUACUCAAGGCUUACAAAGAAAUCCAGUACCCCCUGAACGCUACCCUAUGCCACCAUUGCCUCCAGUAGCACCGUAUAUAAUGACGGCGGGUACUCAAGGCUUACAAAGAUAUCCCAUGCCACCAUUGCCUCCAGUAGCAUCUAAUACAUUGACAGCGGGUACUUCAGGCUUACAAAUAACUCCAGGCACCGACAGUCAAGAGUAUUACUAUCCACAAACCAUUCCCAUUUCAACAGCUGAUAUCAUGAACAGACUAAUUGAAAUCGAGAGGAAACUUAAGGAGUGCUGUGAAAGUGUGAAUAAGCAAGAAGGCGUUGUCCGGGAUCAUAUUAAUUCAUUUCAAGAUCAGCUUGUAUAUAUAUCAAGACAAGUUGCUUCGAAUCAAGAAUUGGCAUCUAAUCAGCUAUCCCCUGAUGACGUGAAAGACUUUCAAGGGCUGAUGAAGUUAUUCCAGACAGUCCAAAACAUGCAGGAGGAAUUGAAACAUGUGCAUGAGACAGCGCGUCAACUGGCCGCCGAAAAGGAAGAUCGACAGGACCGAAUAAACGCAAUUAUAGAGCAAAUCGAAAUAUUAAAAACUGUUAAACUGGACCGAGAAGAUAUGGCAGAAGCAAUAGCUGAGAAGGCUGAUCUUCGUAUGCUUGCACGGAAAGUGUCGCACGAUCAGUUCGAGUUGGCCUGUGACGAUUUGUCCAGAGGAUUGGAACAUACACUUGGAAAACUUAACAUGCAGGAAGCUCUGUGGCAACAAGCUUUGGACGAUAUUCAACGCGAAAUCGAAAUGAAACUUGAUAAAAUGGAGCUACAUCCCGUAAAAGAAUUUUUCAAUAGCAAGUUAAAACAACUGCAAGAAAACCUGAAGCAGAUAGCUUCAUUACGUCGUGAGGUUGAAGCGGCUGGAACGAAGAAGAAACUAUUGAGGGAUGUGAACUGCAUAUCUUGUGAUGCUAAGGCUGUGAUGUCAAUGGAAGCAGACGCAGCGGUGCCAACCAGCAAGCCUUUACCCGCCUAUCUUUCAAUGAAGCCAUACCUCAGCUACGAAUUAGGUCUGUUUGCUAAUUACUUCUAA